AUGAUUAUCGGUUAUCACAAAUUUUGCCAUCAACCAUUUGAAUUCUUUAUUAAUUCUGAAGAUAGCUUGCUUCGCCAUCAGUUUGGGACAACGUCGACUGGUGAUGACAACACAACGACCAUCCGUAAAGUAAACGAUAUAAACGCCAGUAACAAAACAAAGAAAUUGAUCGACUUCGAACUCAACCAACAGAAGAAAAUAGGUAGGGAGGGAAUCAUGUCUCUCAUAAGCAGCACCAACGCUUUGCCCUUUAAAUGGUGGAACAACAUUUUCUUGUGCUUUUACUGCGACAAGAAAUACUCGGACUUUGCCGAUUUAGAAACACACAACUCCGCUGAACACCAAGUUACAGAGAUACAAAUAAUCAAAGCGCUCAUCAAGCUUGGGAAAUACCAGAAAGUUAAAGUGAAUUAUACCAAUUUCGUAUGCAAACUCUGCAAUCAUAUUGCUGAAGACUUCAACAGUCUCAAAGAACAUAUUGGUUCAGAGCACAAAAUGAAACUGAACGCAGAUAACGAUGGUGUUUUUCCUUUUCGGAUGAAUUCAGACGGGUUCAAUUGCGCCAUGUGCCCACAAAGUUUUCAUAAUUACCGACUGCUAAACCAGCAUAUAAACGUACAUUUUCCGAACUUCGUCUGCGAGCAAUGUGGUGUUGGCUUUGCAACGGACGAGCGGUUGAAGGCUCACACUCAAAGCCACGAUACUGGGUCAUAUAAAUGCGAGAUGUGUGACAAAGUCUUCCGAAGAAUUGCUGCGAAAAAGGAUCACGUCAUGAGGAUCCACAUGAAGGUGUACAAGCACAGGUGUCCUCACUGUAAAGAACUGUUCAAGGAGUAUGCCCAGAGAAUAAGACACAUGGUUAGAGUGCACGGAGUCAAAGUCCCAGAGUUCCGGUGCUCGAUGUGCCCUGAUAAAGUCUAUAUGUUCAGUGGACAGUUGAGAGUUCACGAAAAAGUGCAUCAUUUAAAAACUAGAAAGUACGAGUGUAAAAUAUGCCAGAAGACUUGUUCCAAUUCCGCUGUACUCAGAGAUCACAUGGUCUGUCACAGUGGCGAGAGAAAUUUCGAAUGCCAGGUGUGCAAAAAGAAGUAUGGCCGCAAAAAAACUUUGGCUGAACACAUGCGUAUCCAUAACAACGACAGGAGAUUCGUCUGUCAAUACUGCAGCAGUGCAUUUGUGCAGAAUUGCAGCUUGAAAAGUCAUAUGAGGACACACCAUCGAAAUGAAAUCAAAAUUGAGUAAUAUUUGAUGGCCAUUUUUAAUUUAAAAGAAAAUCCAAGAAUCACAGACAUGCGCGUAGGAUAUUAUUUUCCAAGCUUGCGUUCCUAGAUACUUGAUAUUUCGUACUUCUUCCAAUUCUGAGUCCAAACUUCUCUAUAUUAUAUUGUUGACUGUGUCUAGCUAUGAAUGAAUAACCUUUUCACAGUUAUACCUAGUCUAUUUUUUUCGGUAUCUGAUUGUUUUAUUGCAUUGUUCAUGAGUAAUUUAGAUACUUAAUUAUGUACUGCAGUAAUCUGCAUUAUAUUCCUAAAAAUGUUGCAGACUACUCCAUUUAUAUUUUUUAUCUGUAAGAUCACUUGCAUUUAAAGUAAAUAAAUUUUAAAAUUUGUAUCAAUAUUUAAUAAUAUUAGUAUUCAACCCGGUCGAGUUAACUGCUUACCUCGCUGAAAUGCGACUCCCUCGCACCAGAGUAAAUACAAAUGAGUAGGUCAUCUUCAUAGAAACGCCCGAGCGCGGUUUGUAUGUG